AUGCUCACAGAAUAUCAAGCUGAUGCUUUUACUGGUUUCAUAUGUGGAGCUGCUGUGAUGAUAACUUUUCAUAAUCUUAUCAUAUCUAUCAUUUUAUACAAAGCUCGUAAAUCCAAUGUUUCUAAUAUCAACAAAAUUAUCUUGAAUCUAAGAUAUAUUGCAUCAUUUUUUUAUAGAACAGCCUUAGCAAUUUUUUUAUUGUGGCGUUUAAGACAAAUUGGAAAUUCACAAAUAGAUAAAUGGGCGAGCAUCAUCUUGUUCUCAAUAAGAACAAUAACUCACCUUACAUUAUUUGGUUUUAUCAGAGUAUCUGUAUUAACAAUACCUGAUCGAAAUAUUUGCUGGUCUGAAUCAACCAUACUAUUAAUACCAGAAACAAUCAUAGUAAUCAUAGACUUUUUGAUUGAUAUAUAUAUUACGGUUAGAUUAGUACAAGUCCUUCGUAUAGCUAACAAGAAUGUAGUAGGUCUCAGAGCAAGUGGGGGUAGGAAAACAAAACGAACAUUAUUUACUGCAGUUAUGUAUUGGAAUUUUGUUCGUUUGGCGGUAGCAUUUGGACUAAAUGUGAUGACAGUUGUGGGCGUUGUUUCUACGUUUUCUGCGAUUAAUAAUAUUGGAUUCACCCGUGAUCAGCGUAUUUCUGUGCUCUUUUUUAAUACAUUUUUCUCUAUUCUACUGUCAUAUGUUGUGACUGUAGAUGCUGAAAUUGUCAAAGUAAUCGAAGGUGAAAAUCAAAAUAAAAAAGGAUCAAGUAAAUCCACAAGUGAAAAAUCGAGUUACCCUAGUUCCCACACAAAUCGCGCGACUACUGGUUCAGCAUCACUUCCAAUAUAUAAUACAUCUGAUACACCUACUUCACCUACUUCAAAAACAGAUCAUGAUUUAUCCAUGAAAAGAUUGUCAUUCUUUGAAUGGGCUAAUAUUAUUUUGGGCUUUCGAUCUGAAAAAAAUCAUGUGCAGGAAUUUACCCAAGAGGAAUUUGAAGAAAUUAUUGGAGGAUCUUCAGAAGCUACCAAUCGUGACCUCGAAAAAAAAGGCGAAGCUACUGAUGAUCCAAAUCGCGACAGCAAUAUUAGUGGAGGAUCAACAAUAUUCAUUCCAGAAUAA